UGCUCGAGUCUGGACAGCAGCAGCCAUGUCGGACGCGGUGGUCAGUUUCAUGAAGGACUUUUUGGCCGGCGGCAUCGCCGCUGCCAUCUCCAAAACAGCCGUGGCUCCCAUUGAGAGAGUCAAACUCUUGCUGCAGGUGCAACAUGCCAGCAAGCAGAUCACGGCUGAGAUGCAGUACAAGGGCAUCAUGGACUGCGUGGUCAGGAUCCCGAAGGAGCAGGGCUUUCUCUCCUUCUGGCGAGGAAACCUGGCCAACGUGAUCCGCUACUUCCCCACUCAGGCCCUCAACUUUGCCUUCAAGGACAAGUACAAGAAGGUGUUCCUGGGCGGCGUGGAUCAGAAAACGCAGUUCUGGCGCUACUUCGCCGGCAACCUGGCGUCCGGCGGCGCGGCCGGCGCCACCUCGCUGUGCUUCGUCUACCCUCUGGACUUCGCCAGAACCCGACUCGCCGCCGACAUCGGGAAGGGGACGACCGAGAGAGAGUUCACCGGGCUGGGAAACUGCCUUAGUAAGAUCUACAAGGCGGACGGGCUCAAGGGUCUCUACCUGGGCUUCAACGUGUCCGUGCAGGGCAUCAUCAUCUACAGGGCCGCCUACUUUGGCUGCUUUGACACAGCUAAAGGAAUGCUCCCGGACCCGAAGAACACGCACAUCGUGGUCAGCUGGAUGAUCGCCCAGACAGUGACCGCCGCGGCCGGCCUGGUGUCUUACCCCUUUGACACAGUCAGACGUCGCAUGAUGAUGCAGUCGGGUCGCAGAGGAGCUGACAUCAUGUACAAGGGCACAAUCGACUGCUGGAAGAAGAUCCUCAAGGACGAGGGGUCCAAGGCCUUCUUUAAGGGCGCCUGGUCCAACGUGAUCAGAGGCAUGGGCGGCGCUUUUGUGCUGGUGUUGUACGACGAGAUCAAGAAGUACACAUAGGUCGUCUCCGUGGAAAACCCUUCAUGCUAGUCUUAAUUCUUAUUGCAGCCAGUCUUAAUUCUUAUUGCAGCCAGGAUGGAAGAACAUGCCUCAAAAGAAUGUUUGUAUAUACACUUAACAGCCACUACAUUAGGUACACCUUCACAAACUAAGUUGGUAGACUGUCCAGGUGUACCGAACAUUGUCAUGUGACCACUCACUCUGUAGCACAGCCUCACUGUUAUAGGAAUAAAGAUUUAUUCUGUUUCUCAAGCUCACAUAUUAUG